AUGUUCCCUUGGUCUGCUAUGUUCUCACUGGAGCCAAAGGUGCCUGGCCAGCGCACUCCGGAGGAGCUGGUCACAAACACCCUGAUGUUGGAACUGGGUGCCAUGGUGAAGCGUACUGAACGUAUCUGUUUGGAGAGAGCCAGCGAGGUGCGUCGCAGUAGCAAAUCCUCAUCCUCACCAGACUACAGCUGGCUGGCUGGGCCUCAACCCCAUGUACCCUACGAGCUCACGCCUAGAGACGUGGUGGACUUGCGGGAGCUCUGUUCACGGAUCCCACCUGCACAGUGUGGUCCUGUCAUUGUCAGAUUUCGUAAUCUAGUGUCUGAGAUUGAGCCUGAAGUGCACGAGGUCCCUCAGCUGUUCCGCUCGGUGCUGAGGGCCUGUCUGGAUGAGGAGCAAGCAGAUGAAGAGCUGCAGGUGCGCGCAGCCCAUUGGGAGAAGCGGCGCAGUAAGAGCCUUUCGUUUGUCACCUUCCGAUCCAAGUUCCGCGCGCUUAGCCGUGGCGUGGGCAGUUUCGGUGGUUCUCGUAGCAACCUGCAGGAGGAAAACACAUGGUCUGAGGAAGAAGAGGAUGAAGCGGCGGAGCAGGUGAUAUCAGGGGCGCCACGGCCGAGAAGAGGGAGGAGCCACAGCAUGCCAGAAAUAAUCCCUACAAAUGGGUCUGCUUAGAGCUACAGAGUGAGGAGCAAGGGAACAGGGCAGUGUGGAGAGGAGAAGGGAAAGAUGGAGAUCUAAGAGAGUAGCAAAGUGUGUAAGAGAUGACAAAGUGUGUACGAGAGCUUGUGCUUACAUUGUUAUUCACACUACUAUCUACUUAUACCAAAGAUCAAAAGUAUGAACAGUUGAAACCUAGUGACUUUUUGCAUAUUUUUUGAAGAUUUGUUUAUAAUUACUGUACAUAAUUUCCAAAGUUUCACAUGAAUAAAACUGCUUCUACCACAGCGCUGUUGAAUCCUCAAAUCUGAUUGGUCAGAAGGUGUUGAUUAAUUUUCUACAACAGCAACUCUGAAAGUAGUGCCUGCUUCAAGGCUAAUCACAUGUUUAUAUGAACAUGCUAAUUCUAACACCUUAUCAUUCUACAUGGUAGCAGCUCAUUCACAGGGACUUGUAUGGCAGAUGCACCACAUAAUCUAACAUGUAAUAAUAAAUGGAUGCUAUUAUUGGAAAACUUCAGGCUAUAUCACACUACUCUGUUUGUUUUUUCAUCACUUAUACUGUCCUAAGUGUUUAUGUAUAGUUUAUGUCAAGUUUAUGUCCAGAAUGCACAGCAAAGUUUAUAAUGUUAAACUACAUAGGUGAACUGAUGAAUUUCCCUAAAAGAAAAAUAAUCCAGGUUUGUAAAUGU